AUUAGCCAAUAGAUAGGUGGUUAAUUCGGCCAUACUAGUAUCUGUGUACUUAGAGAGAAUCUCUGCGGAGGACAAGCUGGCCACGGAGGAGAGGAGAAGGGUGUAGGUGUCUGAGAUGCAGAAAGACCUUUGGAAACCACCAAAGCUAAGCUGCUUACGCUCCAGUCUGCAGUUCAGUGCCAUUGUGGGUGGGUGUGAAUGAGUACGUUUGUGAGCGAGAGAGAAAGAGGGGAGAAAGAGCGAGAGAGUGGGGACGCAAGCAGAAGACGGACCCGUUCUUCACAACAACAGUUUCUGUUAUAGUCCACAAGGUCGCCGGAAAAUACUUCCAAAAAGCUUCGUUCUCCACGAAGAUAAUAGCUGCAGACAGAAUUUUUUUCUAUUCUUUUUUUAAUUCAUGAAAUGCUUUUGAGAGGGGGAGAAUUCCGUGGAUCUAAUGGGUACAACUCUGGGAUCAUGCCUUUGGAAUAUGUGUUAAAUUGAGAAGAAAUUUCAAACGAACAGAUCACAUAUAUUUUUAAAGGAUCCUUAAAAUAACCGUUGUCUGCCACACAGGAUUAGCCGCGGGUCUUCUCCCCGGUCAGGCAGCUGGUGGCGUCCUGAGAUGGGAGAUCCCGAGGAAACAUUUGGACUCUCGAACACGCAACACGACCCGAACGCAAAGGAAUUGCAAAAUGAAAGCAAAGAGGAAAUUCAUAAAGUGACUUCGAGCAAAUCCCCAUCGCCGCAGACAACUUUUAUCCAACAGGGAAUGGAGGGCAUAAAAGUUUAUUUGCACGAAGGAGAACUUUGGACAAAGUUUGACGAAGUGGGGACUGAAAUGAUCAUCACCAAAGCGGGGAGGCGAAUGUUUCCAAGCUACAAAGCAAAGGUGACUGGAUUGAAUCCCAAAACAAAAUAUAUUCUGUUAAUGGAUGUGGUACCUGCGGACGACCACCGUUACAAAUUCGCCGACAACAAAUGGUCUGUGACGGGAAAGGCCGAGCCCGCGAUGCCCGGAAGACUGUACGUCCACCCAGACUCGCCGGCGACCGGCGCGCAUUGGAUGAGGCAGCUCGUCUCCUUCCAGAAGCUAAAGCUAACGAACAACCACCUCGACCCUUUCGGGCAUAUCAUAUUAAAUUCCAUGCACAAAUAUCAGCCGAGGAUCCACAUCGUGAAAGCGGACGAAAAUAACGGAUUCGGUUCCAAAAACACGGCUUUUUGCACGCACGUGUUCUCGGAGACAGCUUUCAUUGCUGUCACGUCGUAUCAAAACCACAAGAUAACCCAGCUGAAGAUUGAGAACAACCCCUUUGCCAAGGGCUUCCGGGGCAGCGACGACCUGGAGCUGCACCGCAUGUCCAGAAUACAGAGUAAGGACUACCCGGUGAUCCCCCGCAGCGUGGUCCGCCAGAGGGGCGGGUCCAGCCCCAGCCCCUUCAGCGGGGAGGGGCAGUGUCUGGCCACGCCCCCGGGCCUGGGCUCACCAUACUCCUGCGACAACGAGGUCCCCAGCCCCUCCCUGGAGGGGCAGCCUCAGUCUGGCCCCUACCCCCUCCCCCACGAGCACGGCCAGGACUACCACUGCCCCAAGAGGAAAGUGGCUGAGGACAGUCAUGCAGGUGAUCACCUGUACAGGAAGUCCUACAUGGAGAGCCCCCCUGGCGACGGCGACCCGUACUACCGGCCGCCCGGCUACGCCCCGCCCCUGGGCCUCGGUGGCGGCCCCUACAGGACAGAGUCGGCGGCGCAGCGGCAGGCCUGCAUGUACGCGGGCGUGUCGCCGGGGGCGGAGCUGGCGCCCGGCCUGGAGGACCUGAGCUGCGGCGCCUGGGCGGGCGUGUCCCCCUACGGCGGGUGCCCAGUGACGGGCGUUCAGCCGCCCGAGCGCCUGCCCUACCAGCACUUCCCCGCCCCCUUCCCCUCGGGGCCCCUGGUGACCCGGCUGGGCGGGAUGGGCGGCCACGCCUCCCCGCAGCGGGGCGACGCCCACAGCCACGCCCACGCCCUGUACCACAGCCCCGUGCCCCACCAGCCCCUCGCCCGGGCGCACGGCCCCAGCGCGGGCAUCCAGUCGCCGUCCGCCAGUCUCCAGGGAAACGAGUACCUGUACCCCUCUGGGGGACCCCUCGCGCUCUCCCCGCACCAGUACCACACGGUGCACAGCGUCAGCAUCGUCCCGGACUGGAACCAGAGCAGCUAGGGGGAGAGGCUUCAGUUUUUGGACAAUUUUUUAGACGGUUCCAUCCUUCUACGCAAGAAACUUGGGUUGGGGCUGACCAGCAGGGUUAAAUUAUGAAUUUGUAUAUUUUAUAUGUGCUAAGAGAAAGAGGAACUCCCUUAAAGCUACGAAGGCAUUCUUCUUUAAAGCUACAGAGACAGUCCUUUAAAGCUACGGAGACACUCCCUUAAA